AGAUAGAUAGCUAAAGAAAGAUAUGGCCGAUAUUUUGACGCUUGUCUUUAGGAUAUUUAACCAACACAAUGGAAAAACGAAGGAUUUCAAAAMCAUCGCACCAUCAAAAUGCAGUACCUUGGUAGUCGGAGACAGUAGCAUCAACCGUUCGUUGCUGAUACUUGCGGCGGUGACGGCUGCCUCUGAAUUGGGGCUCAAAGUCUCAUUUUUCACUCCGGUUCAAAUUCAGAGCCUUCCAGGAUCAUUACAAGAAUCCAUGUCCAACCUGAGCCCKGACAAUUUGAAGAAAAUCAAGUUUUCAUACCCCAGGUCCUUGGAAGAUUUGCUUCAGGAUGUGGCCUCUUUGCAUGAAUCAGCCUCUGGAUCUGCUGCCCCUCCGUCGCUGAUCAUCGUGGACGGACUGGAGGGCUACCUGCGCGGGCCUGGGGUGAGUGGUGGCCUUCAGCUGGCGGAGCAGUCCUCUGCUGCACAAAUCUCUGCUCUGCUGUUUGACAUGGCUGCAUUUCUCACACAGACCUUGGAAGAGAGAGCUGCUAGUCUGGCCCCCUGUCGGGUCAUAGCCUCGUUCCAGUCUGAGUGUGAAGGGCAUGCUGGUGGGGACUCCUCAGACCCUGUCCUCUCAGUGUUAGACCGCUACUUUCAGGUUCGGUGUACCUUGGACCAGGACUGGAACUCUGCCCCUGCUGUAGCAGGAUCACAGGACACGUGGCAUGUUUACCUCUCUGGUGCUGGGAUCACAGAAGACUCUAUUGCUAAGGAUGAGGAGGACUCAAGUCUGGCACGAGAAUGGCGACUGAUCAUUUGCCCCAAUCGCUCAAUAGAGUUUACAAUGGUUUGAAAUCUAUUAAAUGACUUACCGGUGGACGAGGAAGAAAUAAAAGACAUGCAAAAAAAACUAUAUACUUAUAUCAAACAAUUGCAUUCCCAAAGACUGAGAUGCAAGGGGAACAGUUUUUUUCCAAUGCACAAAAUGGUUUUCACUAGUGUUUACAAAADGAAAUUCAGCAAAGUUUUUGUGUGAAUUAAACCACUCCUCCGACUGAA